AUGGAGCUGGAGCAGGUCCCCGUCCCCUUGGAGCUGCUGCUCGAUGUGCUCGAGCUGCCCGGGAACAAGUUGCAGGAGCAGCUGAUUGCCGAGCUCCAGAGGCGUGUUGUGGCAUCGCUGCAGGGUAACGAACCAUUGGUUCCAAUUGAAACAGCUGUUGCGCUCGCGUGUGGUCGCCGUUCAGUACCUUGUCCCAAAGAUUCCGAGCUUUGGGGUGGGCUGGUAGAAUCCAUUGCUCUCCAGCUGACCUCGAAGCGACAGGUGGACAUUUUCGAUGGCUGCCGGCCCAGAGAAGACCUUUGGAAUGCCGUCAGCCAGCUGAAGGUAGGUACGUGGCAGUCUUUGGAACUACAGAUUCGGAGGCCUUCCGCUUACUUGAGUCGCUCACUCUACGAUGCAGACAAGCGAAUCGAGUCGGCCCGGCUCUACGGAGACGUGGUUGGCACUCCCGUGCCGCAGCGAACCUCCGUCAUCGCAGACACAGGAAGUACGAUCUGUGCAUUUACCUGCACUGGCUGCAGCAUGUGCGGCCAGCAUCUGGAUGCGAACUUCGACUUCUCGAAGUCGAAGACGGCGCAGUGGGUCAAGUGCAGUCGGCGAGCCUGUGACUCGUGCAGGAUGAACUACUGCGCCUACCGACAAAGCUACACCGAGGGCAGCUCAAUUGAAGGUUACCGCUUCACGGAUUAUGUGUCUCUCGGCGAUGAGUUCCAGCAGAAUCCGCCCGUUAAGGUGCAGAUGGGGUGUCACAGCCGUGAGACGAAGCUCUUUGUUACCCAAAAGGCCAAUGGAAUCUUUGGCCUGGCCCCAUCCAAAGACAGGAUGACCACGAUCCUGAUGAAUAUCUUCAAGGACAAGGCACAUGUGAAUGCUGCGGUGUUCGCCAUGUGCUUGUCCUCCCAGGGAGGUCUCUUGACUGUGGGUGGCUUCAACCAAUCCCUGAACACGGCUACUGUGCAGUGGAUCCCUCUCACUUUGCAUGGUUUCUACAGCGUCUCCCUUGUGAAGAUGCUCAUCGAAGGGCCCGGAGGCUCUGAGCUUUCAGGUGGCUUUGGACACACCAUCGUGGAUUCGGGCACGCACCAUGGCAAUGUGGUGGACGUACACCUACCUCCCAGACGGGCUGUACCGCCAACUGAAAGAAGCGGUCAAAUCAUACUGCAAGCAGCACAGCGGGUGUGCUGCCCAGGGGACCAGAGGUACGUGCUGGACGGUUCCAGGAACUGGUACCCAAGCUCAUACCUCUAUCGUCGCAGUGGCGAACUGUACUGCUUGGGCUUCGAAAGCAACGGAGCUGCGCGGCAAACAGUCGGCAACCCCAGAGUGUUACGCUGCGUGGACUUCGGGGACCGGGCCUGGUUUGACGGGCCGGCUGAUGCCGCACAAAUUCAUGGGGCAGUGAUGCUCACUAGUCAGAUGACACCGCUUUCAGUCCUUGGAGCGACAUGGAUGAUUGGCCGAAACGUCAUCUUUGACACGGAGAGCCCCAAACUUGGCCUUGCAGAUGCCAGUUGCCCGAGUUUCGUUGAGCGGCCGCCCGGCCCAACGAAAACAGUGGUGCUGGGCGGGUCCUCUAACCCAACAGGCUCACAGGCCGCCUACAAAGACCACCGGUUUCGGCCGCCGAUUGCGAUCCCUGAUAUCACAGCAGCCACGCUGUUCAUGCUGACAGCUUUCAUGCUGAUGACGCUGGGCCUUUGCUUGGUGAUGCGGAACCUUUUGCGAGCCCACAGUGCUCUGCACCGCUCUCCUGCCAUGGCGUCGCCUGCCUCGGGUCGGCGGAGUCUUCGUGCAAGGAAGCUGGGGCGGUCCAGCCCUGCACAUGACGAGGAGCUCGAGGAGAUGCAAAGCCUCGCCUCCAGCCCUCAUGCACAGUCAGACGGAGAGUGGCCAUCCAGCCCCGUGGAAGGCACGCGGAUACCGGUGGAGACAUGGCUUCGAAACCACGAAGCCGAUGACCGAAGUGGAGAUUCCGCAACCGCCGGGUCUGGCUCGGACGUCUUCUCUGAAGGACCUUUGCCGCUUCAUGGCGUGCCUUCAACCAGCAUGGUCUUCCUGCUUCGCUGCAGCACAUCCUUGUUCCGCACAUGA